AUGGGCGUUAGUGAAACAACGUCUAUUGCGUCGGACAUUUACCAGGGAUUAAUGGAAAAUGGCCGAAGGUACUUUGUCGCACAUCUGCUAUCCAAUAAUCAAUGCUUACCAAGCCCCCAGAUACCAGAAUCUCAUGUUCCUGCCGAUGAGCAAAUGUUCGAGGCUUAUGAAUCAUGUCACGUAAUGCUCCUGACCCUUGAUUCCCAUAAUAAGAACCCUUUGUUCUAUGCUCCAGUUGAUGAACCAAAGACCGAACAGCAUAUUCUUGACAUCGGAACCGGGAAAGGUUCAUGGGCCAUCGAUGUUGCCGAUUUAUUUCCAGAUACGACGGUUCGGGGUGUGGACCUCUUCCCGCCUCCGGAGACGUGGAUACCGCCCAACUGCAUUCUCGAAGUCGAUGACAUUCUUCAAGAUUGGACCUGGCGCGAUCCCUUCGAUUUAAUCCACCUUCGAAUACUUGAGAAUGCAUUCACCCCAGAACAAACAGACCGCUUAUAUAAACUGUGCUACGAUCAUACGGCACCAGGCGGAUGGAUCGAGCAAUUCGAAAUCAGCGCUUUUUUCGAAUGCGAUGAUAAUAGCCUAACCGAAGAUAGUGUGCUCCGAGUCUGGGGCCCCAAAUUAACCAGGGCGGCUAGAAAAUCAGGCCGAAAGUCUGGAAUUAUGCACACCAUGCAAGGAUCAAUGGAGAAAGCUGGUUUUACAGAUAUCCAUGUUAAGAAUUAUAAAUUGCCGGUUGGCCCGUGGCCUCGAGAUAAACAGCUGAAAGAAGCUGGUACCGCCAAUUUUCAUCAUUGGACCGAAGGUAUGGAGGGUUACUGCAUGUGGCUUAUGACCAGGUAUGGGGAGCCAGCGCCUUGGUCAAUGGAAGAAGUUGUCGUUUAUACGGCGGAAGUACGGAAAGAAAUAUCCAAUCCGCAGAAUCACUGUUACCAGAGGGCGAGGAGGAUCUGGGCGAGAAAACCGGGGGGCUCGACUGAGCCGAAAAUUAAAAGCGAACCAUCUCCUUGA